GUCAAAAAUAACGAAAAUAACCUAUGGAACGCCGACAUAAUAAUUCCACAUUGGAAAACUAAUUAAAAACUUGUAGUUGUUUCAAAUCGCUAGUGAAAUUAAUUUUAGGAUUUGAAAUAAUAAUGUCUCUUGUCAUUACAGAAUGUGGAGAUUACAGUGCGUUUCAGGAAGCGAUAAAAAAUAUGCGAAAAAUAGAUGAUCUUAUAAUAAGUACAUUAAAUACGGCCAUACCGACAGAUUCCUUCCAUGCAGAUGGGGAGUCGGCUUGCAAAGACUUGUACAAGAAGUUAGAAGAAGGGAAUAAUCAGAGAACUAAUGUUAUAAAAAAUUGUAUAACUGUGACUGCUAAUAGACUAAAAGAACUGAAAGAAGAAAGAGGUACAAAUGCUGUGGAUAUUUCAUUAACAAAAGCUUUAAGAUCAGAACAAACGAAAUUGAGAAUGUUACAAGUGGAAUUAACUGUUGAAGAUAUGGUCCAGCAAAGAACUGCCAAAGUCUUCCAUGAAAAAUGUAGGAAAUAUUACAAGCCCCUUUAGUGGGGCACACACCAAGUAGUGGGAUUUUUUUACCAAGUUAUAGCUGUUUUAUACACUUAUUACAUACAAAAUGUGAAAACCAA